ACUUGGUCACAUCAAAGCAUUAGGACUCAUUUUUCCUUCUCACAACCAACUUGGGGGGUCUCUCUUUUCCCUUUCCCACUUCAAAAGGAUUCCAAGGACAAUCCAGCCAAAGCGACCAACCACCUUCCUAACUCUUCUUUUUAAUCCCUACACCUCCCCUUAUAUGUAUAUCUUUGUAAUCGAUUAAUAGCUCAGAGCCUCAAACACGCCAUCGCCCUUUAUUUUUCCCGAAUUUUAUAGCAUAGCACUACAGUAAUUAGCCCAACGAUGCCACCAGUACAUUCUAGCCCUUACUUCCAAAUGGACAACCAGGCCAUACUGUCUUUGCUCCGGCAUACUGCAAGCGAGAAACGAUCAAAAUCUAGUAGCGGUGGGCUUCUUAAAAUGUUCAAGCUCUUCCCCAUGUUAACAUCAGGUUGCAAGAUGGUUGCACUAUUAGGCAGACCUCGAAAACCUUUACUUAAGGACCAUGCUACAACAGGUACCAUUUUUGGUUAUCGUAAAGGCAGAGUUAGUCUAGCCAUACAAGAAGAUCCUCAUUGUGUGCCGAUGUUUGUUAUAGAGCUACCGAUGCACUCAAGUCUAUUUCACAAAGAGAUGGCAUCGGAUAUAGUAAGGAUCGCACUUGAGAGCGAAACCAAGACUCAUAAAAAGAAACUAUUGGAGGAGUUUGUUUGGGCUGUGUAUUGUAAUGGAAGAAAGGUCGGGUACUGUAUAAGGAGGAAGCAAAUGUCUGAUGAUGAGCGUCAUGUUAUGCAACUUCUGAGAGGUGUUUCAAUGGGUGCAGGUGUGCUUCCUUGCCCAAAUAAUGAGAAGGAAUCAGCAGACGGGGAAUUGACGUACAUUAGAGCCAGAUUUGAGAGAGUGGUUGGAUCCAAAGACUCUGAAGCUCUGUACAUGAUUAAUCCUGAUGGUGCAGCAGGGCCAGAAUUGAGUAUUUUCUUUGCAAGGGCUCGCUAGGAUUUGUUUGUGUGUGACAUUCUACGUUAUGUUUGUGAACUUAAUUUUUCUAAUCAUAAGCACCACGAAAAGUACUCUAUUGAUCUCUUUGCUUGUUCUAUGCCAAGAUCAUUACACGAGUUGUGGUUUUGAAGCUAGUAGUCCCAUGUAAAUUCCUUAAUAGUUGCAUGGAGUUUGAUGGAGUUGAAAUCUAAAAGAACAUUUAUCA